GAGAGGUGGGGGCGCAGUUCUCGCGAGGCUCCGGCGCUGCGGUAGAACAGCCCUGAGGGGGAGAGCGGGCGCCUCUCUUUCCUUGGCUCCUCGCCUUCCUCCUUCUUCCCCGGCGUCGUCCGUUCCAGCCUCCCGAUGAUGAUGAUGCAGCGGCGGCGAUGCGGGCCGCUCCCGGCGGCUCUCUCCUUCCUCUUGGCGACGGCAGGCAGCCUUUUCCCGACGCCGACCGGCGCCCAGAACGCUGGGUUUGUCAAGUCGCCCAUGUCAGAAACUAAACUCACGGGGGACGCCUUUGAGCUGUACUGUGACGUGGUUGGGAACCCCACUCCAGAGAUCCAGUGGUGGUAUGCUGAAGUCAACCGGGCUGAAUCUUUCAAACAGCUAUGGGAUGGUGCUCGAAAGCGCCGUGUCAGCAUUAACACUGCCUACGGGGUGAAUGGCGUGAGCGUGCUGAGAAUUACUCGCCUUACCUUGGAAGACUCUGGGACUUACGAGUGCAGGGCAAGCAACGAUCCCAGAAGGAAUGACUUGAGGCAAAAUCCUGCCAUAACGUGGAUACGAGCCCAGGCUACCAUAAGCGUCCUUCAGAAGCCCAGGAUCAAUGCCAGUAAUGACGUGACCAUUAAUACCGAAGUUUCCCCUCCACCUCCACAACCGAUCAUACUACAGUGCAACCUCACUGCGAGUACCACCUCUGACGUUUACAGCUACUGGGCAAAAAAUGGUGAAGAGAUUGCAUACACUAGGAAGCCUGUAAACAACACAGAAUACAGUAUUGUAAAGCCCAGAAUAGAUGAUUCCGGGGAGUAUUCGUGUGUGUUCGUAUUCGAUGGCUCCCCUUCAGUAAAUGCCACUAUUGAAGUGAAAGCUAUUCCUGACAUUAUUGGGCACAAACGAAGUGAGAACAAGAACGAAGGUCAAGAGGCGCUGAUGUAUUGCAAAUCUGCAGGUUUCCCGCACCCUGAAUGGAUGUGGUAUAAGAAGAUAAAUGAUGUUUCUGUGGCGAUUGAUAACAGUUCUGGUCGUUUCUUUAUCAACAAUAAACACAACUAUAGCGAACUGAUCAUUGUGAACCUCCAAAUCAAUGAGGAUCCGGGCCAGUAUGAAUGCAACGCAACCAACUCAGUCGGCAAUGCGACAGCAAUUACAAUCUUGCGCGUUCGCAGCCACUUGGCUCCUUUGUGGCCCUUCCUGGGGAUUCUGGCAGAGAUCAUUAUUCUCGUUGUUAUAAUUGUGGUUUACGAGAAGAGAAAGCGGCCUGACGAGGUGCCUGAUGAUGAUGAACCAGCUGGACCAAUGAAAACCAACUCCACAAACAACCACAAAGACAAAAAUCUACGUCAGAGAAACACAAAUUGAAAGUAUUGCUUAUAGCUUUAACUUUGAGAGACUGAUGCAACUUCGUCUGCUGAACUGAACAAUUGGAAUGGUUGGUUUCCACACUCCAGUCCUAUCUCUGAUGUUUUGGGUUUCUCUCUUUUUUCUUUUCUUUCAAGUGAGCAACAAUGACUGUCUAAAGCAUGCCUUAUUUAGCCUCUCCUGUAAGGAUGACCUAGCUGAUACAUUUACUAAUGCUUCAGUAUAGAGGGUGUAAACUAUUUUGGGCUUGAUGUGCUGUGAAUGUUGCUUUUUCCCCCUUUGAGAAUAUUAAGUAUUAUCGGUAAGAGAAAAAAAAAUUCCAAUCAUGCAUGCAGCAUUUUUUACCUUCCAUGUAGCUGUUUAACAAUUAGCAAAGCUCUAAGAUGCACUGCUGCCAUCUAGUGAUACCUUUUGUAAAGUACAGCGAAACCUAAAAUAUAUACAGUAUAUAUUUAUAUUUUGGGGGAGGGGAAACCAAACUACAGUAAAUGUUUGAUUUUUAAGCUGCUAAAUUCAUUCCUUGUAUUGUAUGUCUGAGAGCCGAGAGAAUUAUAUCCAGUACAUAAGAAGAGUAAUAUAAAUUGAACUUUAUCCUAAGGGCUUAAUCUGUAUAGAAAGACUUAAAUAUUCUAUGAUCAAAGGCUGCAAGAGCUGGAAUAGUCCAAUAGGAGGUGAUGAACUGCAGUAAAAUACUUUAGUUUAUAAAUAUUAUGAUUGCUUUUUAAGUGACUAUAUAUUUUUUUGUUACAUCAUGUAAAUUUCUCAUCCUUUUGCACUGAUGUGUUCACAUUCUUGUACAUUCAAUCAAGUCAGAAUUUUAUAUUAUUUUUUUCUUUUCUUUUUUUCUUUUUGUUUUAAAAGAUGUUGAAAUGUCAAAGCAUGGUGAUACUCUAUGCAACCGGUUUGUUUCAGUUUGAUCAUUAAGUCUAUCAUGUUGAUUUACAGACGUGAUUGUAGAAUCACAGACUUAGCAGGAUUCUUAAACCAUGGCAUACCUGUAGAUGCAUGACCUUGUAGCGUGUCGUUGAAGUGCAAUGAUGUGGAUUAAAAAAAAAGUGGACUCACCUGUUUUUAAAAAUAAAACACUGGUAAAAGCUC